AUGUCAUACAAUAGCAGUCAUUAUACACCGCGGUACAAUAGUAACUCAUCGCGAAAGUUGCAUGAACAAGCAAAGAAAGAGUCGACUGCGGGACAACCAUCAUUUGUCGCUUCAUCUUCCUCAAAUACAUCUUCAUCAGCGGCUAUAGGACCAACAUCACGAAUCAGAGAAAAGGGAUCAACAACAACAACAUCAUCAUCAUCAGGUUCAGGGUAUGGCCGUCGAGAUUACUAUAUUGGCGCCGGAUAUGCCAGUAGUACCGCUAGUAGUCGAUCGCGUUAUAGUGAUUCAUAUAUUCUGCUGAAACCGUCAAGUGGAAGUGGUCAACAUACAUCGAAACCUUCAAGCUCAAUACCAUCAGCGUCAACAUCGUCCAUACAUCAUGGAAGUAGCAAAGAUUAUAGAGGAAUAGGAGAUAGAUCAAGUUCAUAUUAUGGAGGAAGUAGUUCCCUCGCAAGUCGAAGAAGUGGUGCUCCACCACUUCAUAGAUAUGGUUCAAGUUCGAAAUAUUCACUGGAUGCAAUAAGUGGAGAGAAAUUUAUAUCUCGUGCGGGGCCAGUAACUAGUACAAGCGGAUCAACAGGAAGCAAAAUUGGUUCUAGUGCAAAUACAACUCCAAUAAGUUCUGGAUAUCGGGAUGAACGACGUUCAAGAGCUGGUGUAGAGGAUUUGAGCUCUAAUGUGCAUUCUGCUGGUGAAAAAGAUGCAGAGUUAACGUCAUCGAGAGUGAGUCCUCCUGCUUCAGAACCAUUUAUGUCGACAACAUCAAGAAAUCUCAAGGGCAGUUUAUCGAGGAAGUCAAGUAUUGAAAGUGUAAAGAAAAAGUCAAUAGAUAAAAGUGUUAGUGGUGGUGUAUCUGGAGCAAGUUCAUCGAUUUUGGAUAUAUCGAGACGUGACUCAGCAAGGGAUGAAAAGAGAGAACUUAAUGAUCGUGAGUUCUCGAAAAAAGUCACGCCUCCAAAUGAUUUCAUUUCAAAGAAUAAACAUUUGGAUGAGAAUAGAGAUCCACUGGCGAAGAAAAGUAAUUAUGAACCAAUAUCAUUGACUAAAAAUCACGGGAAACCUAGUUCAUUGGAGCAUAAAGAGCACGAAGAUAAUAAACAGAAGUUGAGUUCGAAGACUGAUACUGUUAGGUUUAAGAAAGAAUUUGAACAAGUUGACGACAAGACAGAUGUUACUGUUGAUGCAAAGACUAUAACUCAAAAUGUUGAUGAGAAAACAAGUACUACACACAAGGAUUCUGUUCGUAAAGAGGCAAAUAGUGACUCAGGUAAAGAUUUACAAAGAGAAAAACCAGCCUCGACCGAGUCCAAACUGUUAGAACCCCAAUCAUCACCACCUUCUUCUUCUUCUUCUUCGUCGUCGUCGUCAUCAUCAUCAUCAUCAUCAUCAUCAUCAUUUUCAACUUCAACAGGCAUGAAAAAAACUUCAUUGAGCGAUUAUUUGAAGAAAUCUAAAGUCAACAAAAAAGCAAUCGAGUCGGCUAACAAACUGGAUGGAGCACCCAAUGGAGAAGACAAAGCGGACUCUAUUGAACAUGAAGACAAUGCUAGUGAAUCAAAAGCAAUUGAGGAGAGUAUUGAAUCUAAGAUUGAUCGAGGUGGCGUUGUAUCUACUAGUCCAACAAAGGAUACCACACCCGUGGUUGCCAAAGAACACUUGGAUCCAGACGAGCUCAAAAUAGAAGAUCAUGUGCUACAGAAGGCCCAGAAAUCAUCAGAGAUAAUUGUUGAUCGGGAAGACACAAAGGUGACCGGACAAGAGGAGCAAGUUGAUGCGGAGAUGAAAGAUGCAGUUGAAGAAAUUGAAGAUUCGUUGCUGAAGUCUCAGUCAAAUGAUGUUGAAAAUAAGAUUACCGAGAAAGUAACACAGCAGACCCCAGAGCCUUCGACUUCGAUCAAGAUUGAAGAAACCGCCAACACUCAUGCAUUUCAAUCUUGUGAUGAUAAAAAAAAGGAAGCAGCAGACAAGAAUGAGAUCUUGAUGACUCCAAGAACUAAAUUAAGCCGUUCUGAUUCGUAUACAGAAGACAUUUCAACGUUAUCUCCCGUUAAUGAGUCUGAGCUUGAUGCCAAUUUCAGUUUUAAUGAUAUUGGAACUAUGCCGGAAAUUCCCGAGGAAAAUGAAACUGCAAGUAAGGAAACUAAGGAUUUGGAAACAGUAUUGGAUGAGGUCGCACAAUGCGCCUCCAAUAAGAAACUUGAUAAAUUAGAGAACAAAGAUUGCAACCAUCAUGAGGUUGUACACGACGAGGAUGAUUUAUCAGAGGCUGAAACGAUUAUCGGUACACCCCCUCCUCGCUUGAACCAAGGAGUGAACUUGUUAAAGAAGAAACCGCAUGACAGAGAUAGACAUAAUUUGAAGAAGAAAAAAAUGGUAAUUAGCUCAUCAGAUGAUGAGGACAAUGCUGAGGAAGAAGCAAAUACUCCCAAACUGGAUCAUCUUAAAGCAAACGGUAGUGAAGAUACAAGAAAAGCUUCUACCCCUGAGCCCAAAUCCACUACAUUUUCCGAAUCAAAGGACAAAAAGUUUGUCACUGGUAAAGCAAUUAAGAAGCCACCCUAUAAAAUCAAGCGCGAUUCCAGUGGAAGGUCACUUUUACAACGUGCAUGUAAGAAGGGGAACCUUGAAGAUGUUCGAGACUAUUUAAAUCGAGGUGCUAGUGCUAAUGAAAAGGAUUUCUGUGGUUUUACUUGUCUCCACGAAGCAGCAUUGGAGGGACAUAAUGAAAUUGUUCAAAUUCUAAUUGACUAUGGAGCCAAUGUCAAUGCUAAAGCUGAUGAAGCCGGUGAUUGUGAAACUCCAUUAAUUGACGCAGCCGAAAAUAUGCAUCUUGAAACUGUGGAGAUUUUGUUGAAGAAUAAUGCUGAUCCAACCAUUUUCAAUAUCGACGGAUUUACUGCCUUGACCAAGAUUUAUAAUGAACAUGCAGACGAAGAAGGGUACGAAGAUAUCGUUAAGGUUCUUGAAGAUGCCACGAAUAAAUUCACUAGUCGUAAAGCAAUUGUAACUACAUCACAACAAGGGCCUCAUGAAGAAACUGAAUUUGAAAUUAUCGAUGAUCCAAAUGAGUUUUAUUUUGCUGGAUUGAUUAAGCGUAAAGGAAUAUUCAAAUGGGCAGCUGAAAAUCAAAAAGAGGUAGUUGCUAGUCAUUUCGUUGCUGGAAACAGUCUUGAAGACAAGCCUGAUAUUUUAAUUAUUGCCGCUAGAAAUGGGCAUUCCGAAUUGAUUGAUAUCAUUUUGGGAUUAAACCCCACCCCUUACAAUAUCGACACUGAAAGUAAAUGCGGAGUCACUGCACUAUUAGCUAGUGUAGGUCGAGGUCAUUUUGAUGUGGUACAGUCUUUACUUUCUAAAGGCGCUGAUCCAUUCAAAACGAGAAAAAAAGAUGGCUUAACUGCAUUACAAAUUGUUCAGCAUUCACCUCAUUUUGAUCCAAGAGAAGUUGAAAUUAUUCAAGAUGCAAUGGAAAAGAAAAGUGGGACCAAGAUUUUAUCAGCUGUGCCUUCAAGAAUCGUAUCUCAAGUUACUUCGAGAGCUACUUCUAGAGCCUCUUCGGUGCCUGUGUCUGAUGAUGAACUGGAUAAUGAAGAAGAGGAGGGUGGUGAGUUGGGAGAGCGUAAAGAUGAAGCAAUUGUUGAAAAAAAGAUCGAUGGUAGAGUCAAAUCUGAGGAGGUGGAGGAUAAUAUGGAUAUUGAUGAGAUUAGUGAGCGGGCCAAAGAUGAAGAGCUUGUGAAACGAGUGGGUAUUCAUGAUAUGAAGGAAAAAAUUACCAAAAUAAUCAACAACGAUGAGGAGACCAAGAAAAAGAAAUAUGAUUCUGAACCACUUCACCAUGAUCAUCAAAAUAGGGAACAAGCGUCUGAGACGGUUGUCCACGAUAAAGACUCCAAGAAGAGGAAACCCGAAUAUGAACCAAUUCAGCACGAGCAUCUGUUGAAAAAGGCCAAGUCUGAAAGUCUGAUAAAACCAAUUGAAAAGAAGCUUAAUCGUCCAACUGCGACAGCUGCACUCAAAGCCACCCCAAGUGAUUCAACUGUACCCAAAUUACACAAUAACACUUUUGAGAAAUCUUUGUCACCAACAACUGUUGUCCCAUCUCAUGAUAACACCACCACCGACUUUAAAGUGAAAGCCCGUUCCCCAUCCCCUCCCCCAGUACCAUCAUUAUCAGCAGUAGCCAUAGAGGAACAAAAAAUUAGAAGUGCAAAAGAAGCUCGUAUAUGGCAAGAAAAGGUUGAAGCUAAAAAGAAGGCACGUAGAGAAAUGUUUUUGAAAUCGGAGAAGGAAAAAGAGUUGAAAAAGAAAGAGGAAGAAGAAAAGAAGCUUGAAGAAGAACGAGAAUUGGCUGAAAUGAAACGUGAACAAGAUUUGAAAUUGGCUCAAGAAAUGGAGAGGAAAUCAAAGGCAUUGGAUGCUAAAAAAGCAGCUAUUACUCAAAAGAAGUUGUUGGAUUAUUAUCCUGUUGGAUUAAGGAAAUUGAAAUUGAAUUCUAAACCUACUGAUGCUUCCGUUGCCAAGUAUUUGCCAUUUUAUAUCUUUAUUAUCAAUGAUGUUGAAUACGUUUUGGAUCUUCAAAUUUCAUUGCUUACAUUGACUAGAUUUAAUGAGUUUGAGACAGAAUUAACUCCUAGUGAAAACGUACCGGUUAUCACAGUUGAAUCUAGUGAUAAAGUCAAGUUAUGGAAAUUGUUCUAUAAAUUCAUUGGCACAAAUCACAAGUUGACUAAUAUUGCUGAAAUCAUCAAGUUUCGUAAACAAGGAGAACAAUUAUUUGACAAUUUAUUGUUGAAAUUUGUUCCUUACAAUGCUUUAAAACCAAUUUUUGAACAGAAAUUUCCUCAGGUUUACCACAAAGUGAAUGAACUGAAACCAGUGGUUGUAUUAUUAGACUCAUUACGAGGAUUUGAUGAUUUAACUAAUGCAAUGAUUAAUGAAAACGGCAAAGAUCUUGAGGAAGAUGAAGUUGAUGUUGAAGUGAAUGUUAAGCUGUUGCCAAGGUUUAUUCCACCCCAUUUGAGCUAUAGAAAAGAUAUUGUCAAGACUGUUAGAGCUACUUGUAAUCCACUUUGGUGA